AUUUUAUAUGAUUGCUAUUUUUGCACUUCAAGGAAAAUAUAUUUAAGCAAAAACUCUUCAUAUGGCUCCGACAUUGUCGUCGUCUGUGGGGAACCGCUCCACAAGGCAGUCAUCGCUCACGGCUUAUUUACAACAAGAUCUACAGGCAAGAACAGAGACACGAGAAAAUGUCGCCCCCUCGCCAACCUAUGAACCAGCCCCAGACACAAUCAUCCCUCAAGACAUGGAGAUAAAUAAUAAUAACAAUAAUAGCAGUAAUAACAAUACCAGUGAUUAUACCGAUCUGGCACAGGCAUCAAUAUCAGAUAAUACAAAGGAAAUGAAUACACAUGAAUCCGAGCUGGAGAUAUCAUUACCGACACUAAAUUCAAAUCAGGCAGCAGAAACAGCUCCGAUUCCUGCUCCAGAAACAGCAGCAUCAGCAGCAACAGCAGAAGAUGCACCUAAGCAAGUUUUUUCAUUGUUCCUCACACCAGAACAACGGAAAAAAAAGCUGGAGGCGGAUGCAGCAAUAGCAUCAACAACAGCACUAACUACUGCUACUAGUACCGCUGCACCCAAACGGGGUAGGAAAGCAAAGAGCAAAGGUCCUGCUAAUAAUGCACUGUUAUUGUCUUCCUCUAAUAUCAACAAUGACAAUAACAACAUUUCAACGUCUGUGGAUAUUUCGAAGCCACCGCAUUCCAAAUCAAUUGUCGAUCCCAAUAUGUCAAAGUCAGGGGAAACCCACAAGUUCUUCCAGGAAGCCAAAGCAUCAAAAUUGCUCGCCAUGGAAACAGCGGCAGCAGCAGCAAUGGAAGGAGGAGUAAACGAAUCAGAAUCAAAGGAGCAACGGAAUGUUAAGCGAUACAGCUCGAAGCCUUUAGAAUCACCCUUCCCACUUCAACAUCAACAAUUUCAUGGAGAGGAAACUAUUGAUGUCAUCAAUGGCAUGGUUGCUAAACUAUGUCACCUUGAUACUUCUGGUUCAUCGUCAUCGCCGUUUCCUAUGCCAAAUUCGUCUUUUUCAUAUCGCAAAAGAACCGAUGACAACGUCAACAACAACGAUAACGACAAUGACAACAAAAACAACAACAGUAGUAAUGCUCCUUUUGGAUGGUACUCUUUACGAGGGUCGCCUGAUCUGGGCAUCACUGCACCUAAUUACAAACUUAAACCUCGAGGAAGGGAUUGUUGGACACAUUGGGGUAAAGAUCGAGAUCAAAAAUGGCGGGAAUGGUCUGAAAGGAGUUACCGGUUACAACGACCUACAGAAAAAGAAAGACAGCAGUUACUCAAUCCCAAAAAAAGCAACAAAAACAACAGUAACGCCACCAGCAGCAACAGUAAAUAUGUCCAUGAAUCAGAUCAUGCUGAGGAGUUCGAGUCUUGUCAAAGGCUUUCAGAGGAUGGACCACUUUGGCAACAAACCUGGGCAGAAACAUUAUUACAAGGCGCUGGUCUGAAACCAGGGUCAGCAGAGGUACCCAUAGACAUGAGGGUAGGCGAAUUAUGGACAGAAAAAUAUCGACCAACUCGAGGGUCCGAAGUUUUGGAUAAUAGGGCUUGUACUGAAUAUCUGACUCAAUGGCUUAAGGGACUGGAAGUUUCAGGUUGGACAUUGAACCCUGAAGAGAAUUCUGCAAAUGAAUCAGUAUCGACAAUAGCAUCAGCAGGACCAUCAUCACCAUCAAUCUCAUCAUCAUCAGUAGCAUCAGUACCAGUGAAUCGAAAAAUAUUGGAUAUUAUGGGAGCAGCAAAGAAACGUCGGAAACGUCCUAGACGGAAAGGGGCCGCUGAUCUGGAUGAUUUCAUUAUCUAUGACGAUGCGGAUGAUUUUGAAGAUCCAUAUGGUUAUGAGAGUGAGGAAGAGGAUGGGUUCUUUGCAAACCCCAAGCCCUUGUCAAGUUUCUCACGGUUAGUUCACGAUGGAGUUGAAAUGAAGGGCAACACAAAUAGAUCAAGAAGGACUUUACCAAAAGUAUUUGAUAUCAAGUCCAAUACAAUAUUGAUUAGUGGCCCAACAGGAAGUUGCAAGACAGCUGCUAUAUACGCAUGUGCAGAAGAAAGUGGAUAUGAGGUUUUUGAGGUGUCACCAGGGAUGAGAAGGACAGGAAGAGAUGUUUUAGGUGUGGUUGGAGAAAUGGCCGAGAAUCAUCAUGUGCGUGUAGUUGGAGCAGCAGCAAUAGUGAGAACAGAGACUAAAGAUGAGGCCGUCCGUCCAAUGAGCGGAAAGGCCCAAGAUUCUAAUAAUGCUGCUGCGUCUACAGCAGUAGCACCACCCAAAAUGACCAUUCAGUCCUUUUUUCAACAAAGUCAAAAAAAUCAACAAGCAAAGAAAAAGGAAGAGGAGGAAGAAGAGGAAGAGGAACCUCUAAUUGACGAAGAUGAAGUAAUGGGUGAAGCUUCAGAUAUCGAUGUGGAAGGAUAUGAGAGUAAUGACUCAGCGAUGACCUCAACAGCAGCAGCAGCAGAGAUUGAAUCUUAUGAUACCAGGCAAUUGAGAUCAUCGAGGUUACGAAAAGUGUCUCCUGCUACUACUACAGGGUCUGAAGGGAUAGGAUCGCCUAUGAACCAAGAGGAUACGCUAUCAGAUCUGUACUCUCUUUUAUCAACCGUCAACCCUCGACAAUCUAUUAUCCUUUUAGAAGAAGUUGAUAUUCUAUUUGAAGAUGACAAGGGAUUCUGGGCGAGUGUCGUAACUUUGCUUUCAAAGAGUAGGCGGCCUGUUAUCAUGACCUGCAAUGAUACGUCAAAGAUACCUGAAGGAACCUUUCGUUUCCAGGAACAUCUUGAAUUCAAUCGACCAAGUUUACGCGAGCUUCAUCAGUAUUUAACACGUGUCUGCAAGAUCGAGGGAUAUAUCUGUUCGUCUGAAUACAUUUUGAGCAUUAUUCAACAUUAUCGACAUGAUGUUAGGAGAUGCUUGAUGCAACUGCAGUACGAUUCUGGUAUUGCAAAGAGUAAGCCUACAUUGUGGAGUAGUAAUCACAGCUUCAACAACAGUAUCAGCAACAACAACAAUUAUCAUAGUAGUAGUUCAUCUCCAUCUGGUCGUAGUUCAUCUAGUAGCCCCAGCAUGAGCCCGAGCCCAAGUUCGAGCCGGAGCUUCUCACCCAUCUCGGAAAAAUCUAGCUUUCUUAAAGAUGCCAAUGAUAGUAACAGCAACAAUAAUGGUAAAAAACCUAUUCAGAGCCUCUCAGGAUCUCCAAUGCGUAGAAAGCCUCAGCGUUUGUUGAGGAUUAGUGCCAAGGGGAUCAUACCAGCUUCUGCACCGGGCAUCUCUGUGGAUAAAAAUAUCUCGAGCACUAUGAGUCCCGACAACAAUCAAGUGCUGUCGUUGUUGGAAUUACAAGCCGAAUAUGCUGAAUCGAUGUCUCUUUAUGAUUCCGAGUUGCGGAUGACAAGUGGGCGUGCUAUUCAGUGUUACGAAAACGAUCAGUUUGAGGCUAGUCGAGAUGACGUUGUUCACGUAGGACAAAAUUUCGCCAUCUAUAAGCGGCCAUCGGGGGCAGAUCAUUUACUGUUGGAUCAAGAAAUGGCCAGUCUUGUUGAAGAGGGUUAUGAAUCGCAAUACGUGCACCGAGCCAACGAAUAUGGAAUGAUGUAUCCACACGUAUUUGAAGAUGCUACCAAGAGGGAUGAUCCCAAUCGAUCUGUUGCCAAUAGUUUUGUUGCGUUGAAUGGGGAUAUGUCUAGAAAUCUGGAAUGCAUGCAACCAGCACUAGAACAGACUCUGUCGUUACAUGGGCUACGAUUUAAUUUGGACGUGACCUUCUCGACAUAUGCACCUUUAUUACGGUCGAUGAUUCAUGCAGAAUCGAUCAAUACAGCGGUCCCUUCGGGCAAACGCGCCAUGCGAAGUGGAGGUCAUUUGAGAAGACAUUUAGAUAUGCUUUCAGACAAUGAGCGGACUUUGAUGCUCUCGACUUCAUUCCCGAUGUUAUUGCCACAUCAACGGAUUUGA